AUGGCGGCACCUAUGAAGCCUUUCAGAGGACGUGAAUCCGACGAUUCCGGUUUCACAUCCAACAAUCUCUGGGUCGGUAGCCUCACGAUGGACACGACGGAGUCAGAUCUGACGGAGUUGUUCGGAAGGUACGGCGACGUCGACAGAAUCACGGCGUAUUCAUCCCGUGGAUUCGCGUUUAUAUACUACAGACACGUGGAGGAAGCUGUGGCGGCGAAGGAGGCGCUGCACGGGGCGAAUCUGAACGGGA